UUGUUUAAUCACUUGAUUCAGAAUACUUUCUUCUUCUUCUUGAGAUAUUUAAUCCUUAAAACUUGGUAGACAUGGCGACUGAAGAAGAAGCUGAUGAGUACAAUAUUUCUGAAGUUGAUUGGGGUGAAGAACCGGGAUACUCAUGGGAAGGUCAAAACUAUGGAGAUGGCUCUGAAGAAGACGACCAGUGUAGAGAGUCAAGGGCUGAAGAUGGAUAUGAGGAAGAACCAUGUCGUGGGGAGCUUGAUUCCAAGCCACAAGACCACUACAAGAACCACACCAUCAACAAGAGCUAUUCUAAACCUUGGAUAAAAUUUACUGAUAAAUUUUAUGACUAUAGUCCAACAGUUUUCACCAAAACACUUGUGUCUUUUUCAGGAAAAGAGAACUACUCCAGAUGGGAGGAAGACAUGGAAAAUUAUUUUUGGGAGUACAAAGUUCCUGAACAUAAGAAGCUGUCCAUAGCCUUAGACACCCUUGUAGGAGAAGCUUACCAAUGGUGGCUUCAAGAGGAAGAAUGUCGCAUCUACUUCAAGGAACCAACUCCACAUUGGGCAUAUGUCAAAGAGCUGAUGUAUGAACAUUUCGAAAUGAGGAGAUUACCCCCUAGAACCUGUCCUAAACGUUUUGUUAAACUGAAACCAAGACAACUACAUGAGCGUGAGGUAACUUUAAGUUCUCACUAUAAUUCAUAUGAUCAGUUUCGUUUGUAUAAGUUUUCAGGAAAAGGUGAAGACUCUAGAAAAUAUCUUCAGUGGGAAGAGGACAUGGAAAGGUACUUCAAGUGCAACUCCAUUCCAAAAGGAGAAUACUUGUCCUAUGGUCUAGGACAGCUCACUGAAAAUGCUCAACGGUAUUGGAAAAGAGAAGAGAAGUAUAGGGAACAAUUUCAAGAGCCUCCUAUACGCACUUGGGAGCAAUUCAAAGGGGUCAUGAGGGAUAGAUUUUCACCUUACAUCCCUACACAACACGCUCGGAAGGAGUCUACAAAGAGAAUAGUACAACCCCAACUCUUGCAGCCGGCAAACCAGAGGCAAAGCUCAAAACCAGUGCAUACACCUCAUGUAAAGCACAACCAAGGUGAGUACUCUAAAUCUUUAAAACCACCUGAGGUUAUUUGUUAUAGGUGUCAAGGCCAGGGUCAUCUUGCAAAAGAUUGCCCCACAAAACGAGCUGUGAAGAUGGCACUACAUGAAGCAAAAGAAACUAACUUGGAGGCAAGUGAUUCCUUUACUAGAAUAGAUAAAAAGUUUGAUGAUCUUAUCAACUUGAUUAAAGCUGGAUCUAAUUCUGUUUCUAGUAAUUCCAUGACUGUCUUAACACACUUGUCUAGUGCCCAAAAGGUUGAAAACGUUUCAGGUACUAACAUGGAAAUCAAGGAACAAGAACCCAACCUUGCUACGCAAGCAAGUUCAACACUUGAAAAUUCUCAAGUCCCAACUAAUGAUAAGGUCAUUUCUGAACUUAAUGUGAUUAAUCUUAACCAUCAAAACACUGGUAUGAUGCACUUGUACUCUGUCCAGAAUAUUGAUGAAGGUCUAGGUAAUGAGGAGACACGUCCAGAAGCUCAACAACAAGAGAAUAAUGAGCAAUCUACCCUAGAGACCUCUACACCAGCUGAUCAUGCUUUAGAGGUAGCAAAUACCAAAGCUGAAUCAAUGCAAGAUAACCAGGUACAAUGGAGAAGCAUCUAGAACCAAACUCACAACCUUACACCCAAGCAGUGGUCAAUGGAGAAACCAAGUGUGAAAUAGGAUAUUUCAAAAAGGAGACCACGUUCCUGCCAAGGGAAAUCAUAGACCGACCAUGUAAAUGGGGUCAUAGCUUCCCUACUGAUCAAAGAAGAAACCACCAGUUGGACAAUGCAUCACAAAACCGUCCAUAUACCAAGGUAAGACCCUAGCCUCCCAAAUUAGAAUGAAACCUAAUUUUCUCUAUCUUGGUGCAGGUAAAUUGGUUUUGAGGACAAAACCUUUUGAAGAGGGAGGGAAUGAUGAGGACCUCAAGUCAGUAACUGGACCACCAGCUCAUAAGAUCAACCAUACAAGCUACAUUAGCGCCAGCAGCGACAUAGGUGCACUCAAAUAAGGAUAUCUUUGCAACCAUGAGGAAUUUAACCGUGAAACCAGUUGUUAUAGAUUCUCAACUCAACCAGAGCACGCAGAGAAUUAGUUUCAUACCAAAAGGAGUAAUGGUUUAGGAGAUAUGCAAGUUACAAGUCAGACUAUCUACACUGCAUCCGAAUUGGUUCUAAUUAAGGAAAGUAAUUUUUUGCUUAAGGAGUGUGCAACUCAAACUCACGUGUGGAAACCAGGAGAUCAUUCAUUACAUCUAAGAGCAGUGGGAGAGUUUCUACCAUGCACCAGCAGCCACAUGAUCAAGAUG